UUGGUUGGUGGGUUAGGUGCAUGGGAUUUAUUCACAGGGGAGGGAAGGCUCUGUGCUCUGCUAUUGACAUUCAGCACCAAUGCACUACAGGAUCAGUGUGAGAGAGAGCAGAUACCUAACACAGUGCAGAGGCACAGCAACUUUUCAGCAGAGCAUCUAUGCCAAGACCUACUGCGCCCUCUUGCCAGUGAGGAUAUUGGAUACCGGGGCAUGCCAGCAGACUUUGUAGCUGUCACUUCACAGCUUUUCCUUCUAUAGAAAGUUUUAGUGGGACUGAACAAAGUGCACAAACCUUGAUUGUGUCUGAAGAAUAUUUCGGGGGUACAUCAGAGCACCCAGGGACAUUUACAGUGACGUCAGAAAGGAUGUUGCUGUCUCACUGGUAUAUCGCGUUUAUCCUGUUGCCGGUUUGUUCGAAAGGCCAAAAACUGCCAACAAGAGAUGAAGAACUGUUCCAGAUGCAGAUAAAAGAUAAGGCCCUGUUCCAUGAUUCAUCUGUAAUUCCUGAUGGAGCUGAGAUCAGCGGUUUUCUAUUUAGAGAUAACCCCAAAAGGUAUUUCUUUGUGGUAGAAGAAGAUAGCACUCCUCUCUCAGUCAUUGUGACACCGUGUGAUGCACCUCUAGAGUGGAAGCUUACUCUGCAAGAAUUACCUGAGGAGGCUAGUGGGGAAGGAUCAGGUGAGCCUGAACCACUAGAGCAGCAAAAGCAGCAGAUUAUGAAUGAAGAAGGCACCGAAUUGUUCUCUUAUAGAGGAAAUGACGUGGAAUACUUUGUAUCUACAAAUUCACCAUCUGGGUUGUAUCAACUGGAAUUAAUUUCAACAGAAAAGGACACACAUUUUAAAGUUUAUGCCACAACAACACCAGAGUCUGAUCAGCCUUACCCAGAAUUACCAUAUGAUCCAAGAGUCGAUGUAACAUCACUUGGAAGGACCACAGUCACCCUGGCAUGGAAGCCAACACCUACAGCCUCCAUAUUAAAGCAGCCGAUCCAGUACUGUGUUGUUAUAAACAAGGAACACAACUUCAAAAGUCUUUGUGCAGUUGAAGCCAAAAUAAACACUGAUGAUGCUUUUAUGAUGGCCCCUAAACCAGGAUUAGACUUUAGUCCCUUUGACUUUGCUCAUUUUGGGUUUUCUUCAGAAAAUGAUGCCAGUAAAGAUCGAAAUUUCAUGUCAAAGACCUUAUCCACAAAAUUGGUCCGUCAGAUGACCGCAAGACCAAAAGAUGAUCUUCAAAAGGUUUGCAUUGGAAGCAAAAACAUAUUUACGGUGUCAGAUCUGAAACCUGAUACCCAGUACUACUUUGAUGUGUUUGCCGUUAACUCUGCUACAAAUAUGAGCACUGCUUAUGUUGGAACAUUUGCUAAAACCAAAGAAGAAGCCAAGCAAAAAACAGUGGAGCUGAAGGAUGGAAAAGUUACUGAUGUGUUUAUAAAAAGAAAGGGUGCUAAAUUCUUAAGAUUUGCUCCAGUUUCAUCUCAUCAAAAAGUCACCUUUUCAAUUCAUUCAUGCUUGGAUGCAAUCCAAAUCCAGGUCAGACGGGAUGGAAAACUACUUUUAUCACAGAAUGUGGAAGGUGUACGUCAGUUUCAACUGAGAGGAAAACCUAAAGCUAAAUAUCUGAUCAGGCUUAAAGGAAGCAAAAAGGGUGCCUCUAUGCUUAAGAUAUUAGCGACUUCAAAGUUCAACAAACAACCUUUUCCUUCUCUGCCUGAAGAUACAAGAAUCAAGGCUUUUGACAAAUUACGCACAUGCUCCUCAGUCACAAUAGCGUGGUUGGGAACACAAGAAAGAAAUAAGUAUUGUGUUUAUAAAAAGGAGGUGGAUGAUGACUACGGUGAAGAGCAAAAGAAACGAGAACAAAACCAGUGUUUGGGUCCUGACACGAGAAAGAAAUCAGAUAAAGUCCUCUGCAAAUACUUCUACAGUCAGAACCUGCAUAAAGCAGUCACCACAGAGACAAUAAAAGGCCUUGAGGCUGGGAAGUCUUAUAUGUUGGAUGUAUAUGUCAUGGGUCAUGGAGGCCAUUCAGUCAAAUAUCAAAGCAAAGUCGUAAAGACAAGAAAGUUCUGUUAGAAUCCAUGUGAACUUGUAUGUGAAACAUAUGCUAUGAUGGUCAUACUGACUACUUGUGCAGUAGAGAGCUUGUAACCUGUCAAGUACACAAUACCUAAAGUGGUGUAGAAUGGUAUCAACUUGUAUACUUCUGUUUACAUAUUGAAGUGGUUGCUUGUAAGUGGAUAUCCUGCUGCUUCUCUGGAAUUUUUGGAGAGACAAAUAUCAUGUCUAAGGCACAAUAUCAGACUCUCGGUAGAUGAAGUAAUAAUAGUAGAUAAUGGAGAAAAAAAGAAAAGACAAUUUCAGUUGCAUCACACAGUGCAUGAACUGCUUCUAAAUUAUUUUACUAAAUACGCGGCCGAGGCAAGUCCUGUGGCUUUAUUCAUACUCACAUAAAUCUAGAGAUGAUAGACUAUCUGUAAAUUAUUUUAUAAAGUCUUGUCUAAAAUGUUUAUGUUCUAUAACUGUAAGCUGCAAACUCAUUUCCUGAUAACUACAGAUUGAUCCUAAGUAUUAACUGGAGCUUUCAUUUUCUUGUUAAAUCCUUGGCUAUUGUACAUUCCUACUAGACAGGUUUAUUUUUUAAAUAUGUAUUGUAUGUAUAAAGUUGUCAAACAUAUAUUCAUGUACAUAAAAAAUUAAAAGUACAAGAUUAUAUAUUUCUUUUGUUUACCCAGUGUCUGACAUACUAAAUCAAAAUAGAGACUGAACUUUGUAUACAAACAUUCUGAUCAUCAGUUUUAUUGUAGUAUGCCAUUUUGUGUGCAAAAUAUAUAAAUCUAUAAUAUAGUUAUAUUAUACAGUAUAAUUGUAAAGAAAUCACUUAUCAAGAAGAAACUAGACUAUGGAUCAAACAGAGUAGAAGACAGACAUUUGUAUUGUGGUUGGCCUAAAAGAAACAGAUUGAAAAGGGCCACCCGGUGUAAAGGGUAGCAUAAAAAAAGACAUAAAACACACAGAAACUGACAGCACUUUGUAGUCUAAUCCACACAACUAAGCGGUUCAACCUUUUCAAGGUGGUAUUGUGAUGACAAGAUGUUAUUAAUGAGAGGCAUUGUAUUUCUUUCAAUAGGUAGUACAGAAACUGGCUGAACAUUGGUGUUACAUUGUAUCACUCAACAGCAGUAUUUUGUAUUAUACUAUAUACACAGAAGGCAUCAUGUAGAAUGGAGCACCCAACACCAUAAAAUUACUCUGCAACAUAAAAGUGGGAGUAGAUGAGUGAUAGGUAAUUUAUAAAUGGUUUUAACACUGUAGAGUUAAAUAAACCACAGGCAUAGCGAGCUUACUGCCCUAGCCCUCCAUCUACACACUCUGACCACACCAGUGUGGCCUACUGGUACUAUGGGCAAGAGUCCUUUCUCUCAGCUACACCGUUAAAUUAGUGCAAACAUCCAAAAAUUGGUGUCAACCCGAUUAUUCUGAAUUCAGCUUGAUUCUGGUACAAACUGAUUGUGCUUUUAAUGCCUCAAAAAUCAAUCUCUCUCUCUCUCUUUGGAAAAAUUCUACCCAAAUUAAUUGGAAGAAAUUCUGAUUCUACU